CCUAGCUCGAUAAGGUAACAGCUCCAGCGUGUCGGGACGGAGCCCUUGGAAUGUCCGUAUAGCUAGCCGGAUGCUGCCCGGAAGAAGAAAGAUUCGCCUGGUGAAGGUUCGUGUGUAAGGUUCCAUCAGAAGGAAGUGAAGGAAAGAAAGCAAGCAAGCAAGCAAAAAAAAAAGUUGUGCGUGUGUCGUGUCCGUCGUAGAGGGAGCUCUUCAGCUCGCCUGGUGUAUGUGGGGCUAUGUCGAGGCAGCGCUGCUGACGAAUGCUGCUGUUCCUCCUGAACCUGAAAAACUCGAACCGACCCCGGAGUUCCGAAUGGCGAAUUUAAACUUCAAAAAUCGUACUCGAGCUGUUGAAAAAGGCGUGUGCGGGAAAACUAGCAACGUUGAAUCGUCGUGAAAACCAGCCAGUUCUGUUGGGGCUGCUGCUGCAAAGCAAAAAUCCGAAUACACCAAUUCUGGGAAUAAGAGGAAAAUUUUGGGGCGAUUCCCACGAGUGUGAGGUUGUGUCACGGUAUAAAAAAAAUCGGUGAAAGCAUACAGUUGCAGCAGGGAGUUGGCAGGCAGAAAUGAAGCUGCCCAGUGUCAAGUGUUUUAAAAUUUAGCAACCAAAAAUCCUCCCAAACAGUGUGUUUGAUCCACGUACAAGUAGUGUCUCUCCUACAAAAGGAAUUUUCCACAGGAUAACAUCAUCGACAGUGUGAUCCGAAUUUAGAAAGUGUUCGUAAAAGGAAUUGAUUCAAGGAUUGCGACAUCCCCGAACCUACAGGAGUACCGAGUGAUGAUGAAUUAAAAUGCCAACAAUUUAAAUGGCCAACAGCAGCAUCGAAACGUCGUCAACGGCUAAAGCAGCGGUCCGAGGCAAGAAUUCAGCACGGAACGAAAUUGCAGCCAGCUGAAAGUUUGUGCCCGAUUAUUUGAAGGAUCGAGCGCGCGGCUGAAAUAGCUAAGGGUUGUGGAACUUGGAGCUGAAAAUAACAACUGCAACAUCAACGGAGCCGAUUACAAUAAAUACAAAAAAGGGAAUUCCUAUAGUCAGUUUGGAAACUAGGGGUGUCAAAGGAAGUUUGGAGGGGAGAAAGGUGAAAUCUCAAGAAGAAAAUAUAAUUUGAAAAAGUGAAACUGAGGCAAGCGGAGAGUUGGGUGGCAGAAAAGCUUCGAAGAAAAGGAAAAUCGUAAUUGCAUUUGAUGAGUUUUAAUGAAUUCGAAAGCGCCCAGGCACGAAUCGUCAAUUCCGGAAAGUCGGUCUGGUGAGAUUGGGAGGGCGGCCAACUGAAAAAAGCCCCGCCCAUAUUUUUCGCAGAACAAAGAAGGAAUUCUUCGCCGACAGAACGCAGGGCGGCAUUUCGAAAUUUUCGCUCGAAUAGCAAAAGUUUUGCCCGCACUCGCUUGCACUUUUUCCCUGUGGCGGAUCGCUUUUGUUUACCGAUGAGCUCAGGCAGAGAAAAAAAGAAAAAUCGACCUGGAAAAUAAGUGUGAAUAAUUUAACACCAGUGUUAAGAAGGGAAGAGUGCUUCGUGAAAGUCGAUACCUCCUACAAGUAGCAAGAGUGAGAAGAAAGGCGAAAGAGAAAGAGUGUGUGUGUAUUGGGAAAACAGCUUGAACCAAGAUAAAAAGUUAAUCACCUUAAGAAGAAAAGUGAAACGAAAAGCCAUUGUUGAUGGUAUUCCAAGGCACUUGGAGUUUGAACUAAAAAAUAAAACCAUCAUUCAUGAAUAUUGAAGUUUGAUGGAAACUGCUAAACUGCUCGAUUCUGGAUCGAAAUGUACCUCCAAGGGGUCGCAGAAAGUGUUCGGUGAAGCAGGAUAGUUCCACCCUCGUGUUCUCUCAGCACUUGUAAAUUAACCCCUUCCCCAAACAAUAAAAAAAACAACCCAAUUUCUUAAUGCUCGACUAGUAAACAUAGCCAAAACCAAACGUAAACUAUUGAAAAGAAUUACUGUAACAAAUAAUCGCAAACGCAUCUGUUCCAUGAAGUCAGAUUUUUAGCGUGUUUAGCAUAGUUAAAAGAAAAAUAUUAUUCAAUUCAUGUAAAUGCUUUAACAACUCUCGGCGUACGACAUAUGUGUGCAUGUGUAUGUUUAUCAAUUAGCUCCACGUUAAGAGAAAAAAAAAUUAACAAUAAUAGUUAUGAAAUCAUCAUUCAAACUGGUAUCAGUCACAGUGCACUCGUGAGAUAGUUGAAGCAAAUUUGAACAAAUACAAUACUUCCAAAAUAAAAAUUGCACCGUCAACCUAGCUCCUCUUCGAAAGGAAGUCACUUUGUGAACUCCGCACCAGAAUCGAACAUACGAAAUUGCUGACGGAUAUAAGCGGUAAACCUAGCGAGAAUCCAAAAUACACUCACCACCAAAAAAAACUUACAACGAUAACAACGACGACGACGACGACGGCAAAAGCUUUUGAAGAAGACGGCGGCGCCGCCCAUCUAGAGAAAGGUGCUGCAUCUGCCCGAGGUGCCGCCUUCAUACCCCAGAAGGAGGAGGAGGCUCCGCAGAGGCGCUAGGCUGCUAGCUGCAGGCGAUGCACCGAUUUGCGGAACGACCGGGUGGACCUGGCCUAAGAUGGGGAGCGUGCUACUCACGGCUGUGUUCAUAGCGUUACAUUUUGCUACCGGCGGCCUGGCCAACCCAGAUUCGAAGCGACUGUAUGACGACCUGCUGAGUAACUACAACCGAUUGAUACGGCCCGUAGGCAACAACUCCGAUCGAUUGACAGUGAAAAUGGGUCUUCGGUUAUCGCAGCUCAUCGAAGUGAACCUAAAAAACCAAAUCAUGACGACUAACGUGUGGGUAGAACAGGAAUGGAACGAUUACAAGCUCAAAUGGAAUCCCGAUGACUACGGAGGAGUGGACCAGCUCCACGUGCCAUCGGAACACAUUUGGCUGCCAGAUAUUGUGUUGUAUAAUAAUGCGGACGGUAACUAUGAGGUGACAAUAAUGACAAAAGCAAUUUUACAUCAUACGGGUAAAGUAGUAUGGAAACCACCUGCCAUUUAUAAAUCAUUUUGUGAGAUCGAUGUUGAGUAUUUUCCAUUCGACGAGCAAACAUGCUUCAUGAAGUUCGGCUCCUGGACGUACGACGGAUACAUGGUGGAUUUGCGCCAUCUCCAGCAGACGCCAGAUUCGGACAACAUAGACGUGGGGAUUGAUCUGCAAGAUUACUAUAUAUCAGUUGAAUGGGACAUUAUGAAGGUGCCUGCCGUUAGAAAUGAAAAAUUUUAUAGUUGUUGUGAAGAACCAUAUCCGGAUAUUAUAUUUAAUAUAACGUUAAGACGAAAGACACUUUUCUACACCGUGAACUUGAUCAUACCUUGCGUUGGGAUAUCGUUUCUAUCCGUGCUCGUGUUUUAUUUGCCCAGUGAUUCCGGCGAAAAGAUAUCAUUAUGUAUAAGUAUAUUGCUGUCACUCACUGUGUUUUUUCUACUGCUGGCUGAGAUCAUUCCUCCCACGUCUCUCACGGUUCCACUGCUAGGAAAAUAUUUACUAUUCACGAUGAUGCUAGUCACAUUGUCCGUAGUUGUUACCAUCGCCGUACUGAACGUUAAUUUUAGGUCACCCGUUACGCACAAAAUGGCACCAUGGGUGCAUCGAAUUUUUAUAGAACUAUUGCCGAGGGUGUUGUGUAUAGAGCGGCCGAAGAAGGACGAGGAGCCGAACGAGAACGACGAUCAGGCGCCGGAGGUGCUGACAGACGUUCUGCAGGUGCCGCCGGACGUCGAGAAGUACGUCAGCUACUGCGGGAACCAGUUCAGCACCGAUUUCGAUAUUCCUGCACUGCCACCGUCACGUUUCGACGUGGCCGCAUCGGGCGGGGUCGGGCCCUGCUUCGGGGAGCCUCCGCUACCAGCACUGCCAUUGCCAGGUGGAGACGACGACCUAUUUAGUCCUAGCGGAAACGGCGACAUGAGCCCGACCUGCUGCGGCGAUCUGAGUCCAACGUUCGAGAAGCCGAUGCUGCGGGAGAUGGAGAAGACGAUAGAGGCGUCGCGAUUCGUUGCUCAACAUGUUAGGAAUAAGGAUAAAUUUGAGAGUAUAGAAGAAGACUGGAAAUACGUAGCCCUCGUCCUAGAUCGGCUGUUUCUGUGGAUCUUCACGAUAGCUUGCGUGAUCGGCACGGCUCUGAUUAUCCUGCAAGCGCCCAGCUUGUACGACAACACCCAGCCGAUCGACGCGAUGUACUCGAAAAUUGCAAAGAAGAAGAUGGAACUGCUCAAAAUGGGCAGCGAGAACGUAUAGCAUCCGCCCGGGUUCGCAUCCGCCGUUUGGAAGUAUCUUCUGAACUGGAUGCGAACCCUGGUCGAAGAGGAUGGCCAUUAAGAAUCCUCCCAAAAAAAAUAAUCAAAAAAACUGUCCUCGUCGCGCUGAGAAAAGUUUCUUUUUUCUUUCGGAUUGAGGAACAAGACGGAGAGAGAGAGUUCAUGCGUAGCAUUUCUAUAAGAAAGCUCAAGGCAACCUACUUGUGAGAGAAACAGAAACAACAGCAAGAUACAAAAAAAAUACCCCCCAAGUUAUGCUCCACCGUAUCCACACCACACUAGUGCGCAUUGGUCCCGGAGCGUGGCUGCUCUAGACAAGUGGCGGCCGUCCUUCCAUUUGUUGUGGUGGCGCAAACCCAUCCCCAGCUUUCCCCCUUCCAUUACCAAAGGGAGAAACGAGGGGGUGGUUCGGUGUGGGUGGUGCUGUGGAUCGUACUUGUCCUUUUCCUUCCGCUGCUGCCUGCCAGCUGCUACUCUGCUGCACCGUACUUCCGGAAUAGGUCCAUGGUCCAUGGUCCCUGAUGUUGUGUGUGGCGCGCUCGUCCAGCUGGAAAAGUGGUUUCUCAUGGUAAGAUUGCACUCGUCCGGAACCACCAUUCGCCGCCAAGUGGCAAACAACAUCAACAACUAACAGAACAGCUCAGCCCUGCUCCCCGAUGGCGGAGACUUUCUGGAACCGAAACCGCCAUCAACGAGGACAUCAUCAUCAGCACAUGUAGCAGCCUCCCAGAUCCGACA